AUGGCAGAUGGUACUAGACUCAAGAAUUUGGAUGAACAACUCAGGAAACUUGAGACUAGGAUUCAUAUUCAAGUAGAUUCCAUGCAAGUAGAGCUACAGGAAACUCGAACGCACGUAGAUACUCGAAUGGAGGAACUCGAUAAGAAGAUUGAUGCGUUAAUGGCAGGAAUGGAGACAAAGUUGACUUCAUUUCUUCAAGCUCUCAAUAGAGACAGAGUAACUGCACCAGAUGAAUCUCCUCCACUAGAUAAGACUCCUUUAUUGUCCAAUCCGUAUGUAAGAUGCAAGGAAUGGUGUGAUCAGUCAGCAGCAAGCAAGGAGCACAGGGUUAUAGUUCCGAAUCCUCCUAAGGUAGACCUUCCAUUCUUUGAAGGGGACAGACCUCAGGUGUGGAUCAGGAAAUGUGAGAAAUAUUUUCUCAUUCAUCAACUUCCUGAGGACCAGAAAUUGGAAGUAAUGGAGAUGUAUCUGGUAGGAAAAGCAGAGAUAUGGUUUCAUGGAGUCAAGAGGAGGAAAGGAAGAAUCUCUUGGGAAGAAUUUUGUGAAUUAUUGAAGAAGAGGUUUGGAGAUCGAGGAAGAAGAGAUGAGGUGGAGGAAUUCAAUAAACUCCACCAAACCAGCACUGUCAAGGACUACCAGGAGAAAUUUGAGGAACUGAGUUCCUUGAUGUUAGUAAGGGAUCCUCACCUAUCUGAAUCUUACUUUGUUUCCAGUUUCAUCAGUGGCAUUAAAGAGGAGAUCAAACCUAUGGAACUGGGAGCCUUGGGAAAAUUCAAGGUCCUCCAGUUGUCAACAGCCAACACAGGGGGGAAGGUUUCAGAACCAUUUGGUCAAAAGAAGGUAAAUUCUGAGAGCACUAACCUGGAAAGUGGAAAGAUCUCUCCUCAUGAGAUCUUGCGCAAAAAGAACAAUCAUCUGUGUUUUAAGUGUGGAGAGAAGUUUAGUCUUGAUCAUCAGUGCAAAUUUAGGCAUUUGAAUUUCAUUCUGGAAGAUGAUGAGGAACCUGAAUUCCUUGAUGCCAUUGGAGAACAAGAUGAGUAUACUGGUCAUCCAGGACAAUCAGUCGAUGUGUCCUUGCAUGCAUUGACAAGCUCUAUUAAGAGAAAAACUCUAAAAAUGCAAGGGUUAUUAAAAGGAAAAACUAUAUCUGUUAUGGUUGACACUGGCAGCACUAAUAGUUUUCUGAAUUCCACAUUACUGAAUACCAUGACCUUAAGGACAGUUAAGAUGACACCACUAAGGGCCACAAUUGCUGAUGGGACCACCAUUUCCAGUGAGCUGUAUUGUCCCAAUGUGACAUGGAGCAUCCAGGGGUACAACUUUAGCUUUCCUUUGGUAAUCAUGGAACUAGGGACAUGGGACAUGAUACUUGGACUAGAUUGGAUGGUGCAAUAUAGUCCUAUCACAUUCGACUUCAAACAGUUGAUGAUCAAACUAUCAGAGGAAGAUGGGGAAAUGGUGUUGAAAGGUGCAGCAGAGCAACCCUCAAUAAAGCUGGUAAGAGGAAAGGCAAUAAAAAAGUUCAUGCAACAGAAACACAGAACCUUGGCAUCAAUCUGUUCAGUGCCUGAGGAUAGCAACUCAGAUGAUGUAAAUUCACUUCCUAGUGAAAUCUCAGAAUUACUACACCAGUUCUCUGAUAUAUUUGCUGAGCCUACACAAUUACCACCUAAAAGAGCACAUGACUACACCAUACCCCUGAAACCAGGGGCUCAACCUUUUAAACUCAUACCUUAUAGGUACCUAAAUAAUCUCACCAUCAAGGAUAAGUACCCUAUUCCCAAUUUCGAAGAACUCUUAAAUGAACUAUUUGGCUCUAAGUUUUUCAGCAAGAUUGACCUCAGGUCUGGUUAUCACCAAAUCAGAGUCAAGGCUUGUGACAUCCAUAAAACAGUAUUUCAAACUCACCAAGGCCAUUAUAAAUUCCUAGUUAUGCCUCUUGGCCUCACUAAUGCCCCUGCCUCUUUCCAAUCCCUCAUGAAUGAGAUCUUCCAGCCUUACCUCAGAAAAUUUAUACUUGUCUUCUUUGAUGCCAUACUCAUCUACAGCCCAGACCUACAAUCCCAUGUAAAUCAUCUGAGAACAAUGUUGAAAAUUCUGAGAUCUCACCAGUUGUAUGCAAAGAUGUCCAAGUGUAUGUUUGCUCAACUGAAAGUGGAGUACUUGGGCCAUAUCAUAUCCUACAAUGGGGUUGAAAUGGAUGCAGCUAAAGUUGAGUGCAUAAGAACUUGGCUAGUGCCUGAAACUGUUAAGGGUUUGAGGGGAUUUUUGGGCCUUACAGGUUAUUACAGGAGCUGCCACAGCCUUCUAGAAUUUGAAGGAUAUCAUGAGUACCACUCCUGUGCAAGAAUGCCAGAUUUUUCUAAACCUUUUGUAGUGGAGACUGAUGCUUGUAGUAAAGGCAUAGGUGCUGUGUUGAUGCAAGAAGGGCAACCCAUAGCUUAUCUCAGCAAAGCCUUAAGUCCUAAGAACUUGGGACUAUCUAUAUAUGACAAGGAGUUGUUAGCUGUGGCGAUGGCAGUAACAAAGUGGAAACAUUACCUGCUGGAAUACCAUUUCAUCAUUAGGACUGAUUACCAGAGCUUGAGAUUUUUAUUGGAGCAAAGGUUGAAUACACCACUGCAGCAUAAGUGUUUAACAAAGCUCUUAGGCUUGGAUUACGAAAUCCAAUACAAGAAGGGAGCUGAGAGCAAAGCUGCUGAUGCCCUGUCCAGAAAGGGAUUUCAGGAGGAGGAUACGGCAGGAAAAGCCUGUGUCAGUGAGGAUUCUGAGAAGAUUGCUCAAUUGCUGAUAGAUCCUACUUCUGUUGCUGACUAUGAGUAUGCAGAUGGGAUUUUAAGGUUCAAAGGAAAGAUUUAUGUUGGAGAUCAUGGUAAUCUGAGGACUCAAAUCAUUCAACAUUUACAUUCUUCUGCAGUAGGGGGCCAUUCUGGUCAAUUGGGGUGCCUGAAGAGACUAGGUACACCUCUACCAGUGCCCAACCAAGCAUGGUCACAAAUCAGUAUGGAUUUCAUUGAGAGUUUGCCAAAUUCUGAAGGUUCUGACACGAUAGUAGUGGUUGUGGACAGAUUCACAAAAUUCUCCUAUUUCGUUCCGCUCAAACAUCCUUUCUCAGUAGUGGAAGUUGCCAAGCUAUUCUUAACACAUGUUUUCAGACUCCAUACGUUACUAGAUGUGAUAGUCUCAGAUAGAGACAAGCUCUUCACCAGUCUUUUUUGGCAAGAGCUGUUUAGACUGGUUGGUACUCGCUUAAACCUCAACUCAGCCUACCAUCCACAAACAGAUGGUCAAAGUGAACGUGUUAAUCAGUGCGUUGAGACAUACUUAAGAUACAUGAGUAGUGAUAGACCUCAGAAGUGGAAGUCCUAG